AUGCGUGUGUUGGAUCCUGACCGACACUUUGCAGAGCUUCGGCCGGAAAAAGCUGCGGAUCCCGGGAGCGCGGGCGAGGUUGAGCCGGAGGCCAUUGCCCAACAGCUGGCGGACAUGCGACCGCACGCGGUACUCCUUGAAAUGUCGGGCGAUGUUGAAGGAGAUCUAAAGGCGAGAUCGGACGCAGCGUGGGCGCGAGUUGCCGGGGAGUUGGCGGCGUCGAAAAACAGUUCGCGAAAGCGCCUGGAGCUGUCGGCAGGAACCGCGCCCAUGAACCAAUUCACGCCUCUGUAUUUCGGGGUUGCGUUUUGCUGGUGUUUCCAACAUUGCGUUGGCAUGCCAGAUGUCGUUUGGAAAGAGCAUGUACAACGCGACAGGCGUCCAGCCGACGCACCCGUGGUUGAUGUGCCCACCUGGUGCAAGCAAAUGGCUCGUCGGGUUGAGUCGCAAUUUGGCAGGGAUUGGCUCUUUCUCUUUGCGGCGUGGAACCAGUGCUUCCGACAAGCUGUGAAUCAGUGUCGUACGCUGUUCGCAUACACGUCCGCGGGCGAAACCGCCUUCAGCAAUGAUGACCUCACAGAAGGGGCUGUGGCGUUGUGCGCGGCAUUGCGGGGCCAUUAUCGACCAAGUCCUGGCGCGCCGCUUCGGGCCGUUGACGGCGACAUUUCGAAAGUGGGUAUGGUGGAGACUCUGACCCCACUAGCACGUCGUCUGCUUCAGAAUGUUCGGCACGCUUCGUCCCACAUUCCUGGGACGGUGGAGACACGCCGUCUCAUGCGGCACGAGACACACGCGUACCGUAUCGUUUUCGGCGAGCCGAUUUUUGUAACCGUCAGCCCUGCCGAAAGAGACACGUUUCUCACGGUUCGCUUGCAUCGCGUGCGAGAGAACGAUCCGGUUUGCGCGCUGGAUCCGCAUGCACGUGCAUGGGGCGGCCAGAGCAAGCCGGACUUGGGUCGCGAUUUGGACGCGGCGGAUGUGGCGGAGGUGGAUAUUCCAGGAUACGAGGCCCGCCGUCACAUCGCCGCGUGCGAUCCGUUGGCAUGCGUCGAAGCGUUUCAUGUUCAGCUUCGUCUCGUGCUUCGGCACCUGUUCGGGGUGGAGAUUUGCGUCGACUGCCCCAACUGUCAGUGCCGUCAGGUCGCCUUGGCGUCUUCUGCGGCAGGGUUUCGAACGGGCGCCUUCGGGCGAGUGAGUGCGGUGUACGCGUCUCUGGAACACCAGAAGAGCGCGACCCUUCACGCCCACAUGCAAGUGUUUGUUGAGUGUCUUCACCAACAUACACCGCUGGCUGACAUUCUGGCCGGGUGUCGAGUAGAUGACGGGCGAAGUCUCGUGGACAAAUAUUUGUCGUACAAAGCCCACGUCGUGUGCGAGACGUACUCGGAUAUUCUGUUGGCCGCACAGCGACGCGAAGCAGCGUGGCCAGAUUAUAAAGAAGAGAAGCGUCUCGUGUCGUGGCCGGCGUACCAGCGAGACGAGGACGCGACGGACGAAAGCUGGGCAGCGGCGUAUCGUGCAGACGUCCAGGUGGUGCAGGAGCUGAAGCAGCACCAUGUUCAUCCAAAAGACGCACGGGGACGGCGGCAGCUGUUGCGCCAUUGCCGUCGAAAAGGAACCACGGAUGGAACGUGUCGGUCGCGCUUUCCGCGGGAUGCAGAGUUGCUCGACGCGGGUGCUGUGAUCUGUCCCGGGCUAGCACGGCAGAUGGGACUGCAGCUGUCGGGGAAAAGGAUGGCCUUGGGGGCUUUGGCAGGGCCAAGAAAUUGUGCAUGGCUGAACGGCACGCAUCCGGUUCUGGCAGCCGCAACACGCGGGAAUACUGACGUGCAGCUCCCGUGGCGCCUGCCCCCGUGUGACGCCACGCAUUCGAAGGCGUGUCGUGUUUCUGGCUGCCUCAAGGACGUGGACGAAAAAGCCUUGAUUGCGGCCACGCAAGCAGCACAAAAUGCGCAGAGCGGUUACAGUGCAGACUAUGGCAACAAGCGCCCGCUUGUGGCGCUGCAUGAAAUCGCGGAGUGGAUGCGGGGGCAACGGCAACUUGGCAAAGACUUGGCGGGGGCAACCGCGGCGUACCAAGGUGCGCGCCAUGCGAAGCGUUUCAUGUCGGACGCUUACGGUCGCGGCACAGUACGCACAGGUGUAGAAGUGGCAAAUCUAUUGACACGCAGUCGUCCGUACGAGGUCACUGCAGCGGAGACAAUCAAAACGGCACCCACGGAGGCCUUUCCGGGACAAGCCUUUGUGCGUCGGCUUGAGUCUUGCACCGGGGCAACCAGUGACGGGCGCCCGCAACGGCAGCAAAUCGUGCUCGACAAACGAGACAAGCGCAGCAAAGUUUUGACCGUCAAGGAUGUGGACAUUUUUUACGGGUACCGCGGCUGGCAUCCUGCAGUGGCAUACUUGAGCCCAUUUGAGUUUCAUCGGUAUUGGAAAGUGGACUUUGCCAGAUAUGCCAGCGACUUCGCAGCUUGGCUAAAGGGCCAGUACAAACAACGUAUAGAGGUCAAUGGUCAAAAGAUGACGCAGCACGCACGCUUGUCAGCAUCUGGGGCGUUGAAGCAAGAGAAGGGGGAAAAAUUGGUGGCGGGCACAGAUUACACGAUUCUGGAAGAGGGCGGCGCGGAUUGGUUGGCAUUUCCAAAAAUGGCAGAAACGGAAAGCUGGCGUCACGACUGGGUGAUGCUGCGUCGCGCUCGGCCCGCGGUUCCGGUUUUCUCUGCGGCGCCACUGCCGAAGACAAGCGGAGCCGAAGUCGAACGCAGCAGUUUCUUGGCGAUGGCGUACUUUCAUCCCUGGACUUUGGACGAGAACGUGACACAGAACGCUGUGCCGCACGCUCGGGCUUUGGCCGGCGGAGCGCCGUGGUCGCAAGCUUUUCAAAAAUGGCUCGAACGCGGACAGACCUGCAUGGAGCAGCGGCGGUAUCUGCAGAAUUUCCUCAACGUCACGCGGAUCCGCCCGGGCGAUCUCGUGGAAGCAGGGUCGGAGGACGAUUUCGAGACCGAUUGCGAUCCGGACCCCGCGUGGCAGGUGCGGCCCGAAACUUUGUCAGACGCCCUUCGAACACAGGUGUGCGGCGAAGCGUCCAAGACGCGUGGGGCAGCCGGGAAUCGUAGCCACUACGCGAACUCGAGCUCCGCAAUCCAAAGGACCCAAGAAAUUUGGUGCGCGAAGGAGUCCAGCGGCCAACUUCCGCCACGCAUUGCGACUUCCGAGGCCCAGGCGUUGCUCAAGCAACGUCGGCAGCCGCAAAAAGGCAGCUCUGCGAACAAAAAAGCAGACGUGCCGCCCCAGCUUCGAGCAACAACGAUGGAAGCCGAACGCGUGAAAACAUGGUUGCGAAACCAGGCAGGUUCGUGCGCUGCGGAGCAGCACGAUUUUCUGAAGCUCGUCACUUCCCAUGUGCUGACUUCGGACAUGAACGGCGUAACGUCUGGCACGCAACCAAGGCCUCUCCGGUGGCUCCUGCAUGGUCACCCCGGCGUCGGCAAAUCGUUCGUGUUGAACAAAAUGCGGGAGCUCUUCACGGAAGUGUUACACUACACCCAGGGUGCUGAAUUUCAAGUUGCCGCGUUACAAGGGAGCAUGGCUGCCCAGCACAACGGUGUGACGCUGCACAGCAUGCUAGGUUUGGAUCGGCGACGAUCAAGCACAGAUCGCGUUCAGCACGACAAGCGAGCACGAUCCGUUCAGCAUCUGAAGUGGCUCAUCAUCGAUGAGGCAAGUAUGUUGUCCGCGCAUUUUUUAGCCGAAUGUGAAUGUGCACUGCGGCUGCUGCUUGAGCCGUUCGGGGGCAUCAACAUCAUCAUUGCAGGGGAUUUCCAUCAACUCGAUCCCCCCGAUAACGGCCUACCACUAUCCACCCCGCCGUCGGUCCGCGUCGAGGACGGCAAGCUUGCCCGCGCAGCCACGUCCGAGUAUGGGCUGGCGCUCAUCUGGCCCAAGGGAACGAACCUCGGAAUCCAAGGCGUGACGGAACUGGAGACGCCGCAUCGCUGCGCGGAUCCAUGGUGGGUGGAAGUUCUGGAAGAGUGCCGUUUUGGCAGGCUCAGCCCAAACGAUCAUGCGUUUCUGCACGGACCAAACACGACAGUUCCGGGUAGCACCGUUCGAGGCAAGCCUACAUGCGGGAACUCCGCCUGCGCGCAGUUGGCAGGGUCGGAAUGUGUGGCGUCUGAGUGCAGCAAAUGCCAAGAAGAACGCGCCCGCAGGAAACGCGUCGUCGACCAUCCGGCUCAGUGCGAUCAGGGCAAAUUCAUCAACGCGCCCAUGAUCUGUGCCAACAAUGAUGUCCGGUAUGAAGUAAACAAACGCCGAGCAAUGUCGCACGCGGCGCACACCGGACAACGUCUCCUUUGGAUCCAAGCCCGCGACAAACCCAAUGCUCGUGUCGCGGCUGGCUCUGAUGACAUCGGCAAACAGAAGCUCCUGUGGCUGACCUUACAUGACCGCAAGACCGCUGAGCUUCCGGGGAUGCUGCCGCUUGUGCAAAACAUGCCGGUCCGACUCACGGAAAAAAUCGACGAGAAGCGGCAGCUCCUCCGGGGUAGCGUCGGUCGCUUGGUUGGGUGGGCAGCCCACGCAGAUGAUGAAUCGGAUACGUUUCCAGACGCGGGCGUGUUGACAGCACUUCCCCUCGUGCUGCUGGUCCAGUUCCCGCAUGCUUCCUGGAAGCUGCCAGGAACCCAGGCCAGAGGCGUGUAUCCGAUCAAAGCAGUCAGCAAAACGUGGCAUCUUGACGGUUCGAAGCCGCGGCCACAGCUGGCCAUUUCUCGUCGGCAGUUUCCCCUCGUCCCAUGUUACGCCCUGACGGCACAUGCGUCGCAGGGCAUGACAUUGGACGCAGCCAUCGUGGAUCUGCAGGUCGGAAACGAAAUGUCUCCGGUUGCAUCCUACGUGGCGCUCUCCCGCGUCCGCCAUCCGGAGGACCUGCUGAUAUUUCGGCCCUUUGAGGCGUCAACCUUCACGCAAGGAGCGCCGCGUGGGCCGACUACGUUGAUCGCAUGGUUGCAGGGGAAAAUCGACGACAUUCCAGCCAACGAUGCGGUCACCACCUUCAAGUGUGCCGUGUGCGGUCGGCGGCGACGUGAGGAGCCGACGUGCACGGAAAAGGGGCAAAACGUGUGCGCCGCGUGUCAGCGAAGCAGGCGGACAUGCGCUGCAUGUGGAAUCUGGACACGCUGGCAGCAAAACAAGUUGGCACCGCAGGGACACGUUCUUUGUCCAAAAUGCAAGGCAAGCAAAGUCCAGUGUCGCGGCUGCGCGAAGUGGGUAUCGUAUGCACACAUACACACCCAUGGCGGCGGCUCAAAACAAAAACGAUAUUGCGUGGAAUGCGCAGCAUUGCGUCAAACCAACGACGCACAAGCAAGGCGUUGCAUGGGCGCAUUCGCGAAGCGCGUGGCGCGCAAGCGGCGAGGCAGUGCCGAAAACAGGCCGCGCUUUGCGAAGGCAAAACAUGGGGCGCGCAUCAGGUGCAGUAUGUGCGGAAAGCGGAAGACAAUUGGUGCUUUUUCCCAAACGCAGCUGAGAAAAAAGGUCGCCUAG